UUGAAAAUAAUUGACAUUUGGUUUGUUGUUGAUUUUUUUCUGACACAAUGGCGACCCCUGCAAGAAACAUUUGAUUGAGAACAUUUUAUUUUUAGUAAAAAGCCCUUAAAAAAAGAAAAAAGCUAUAAUAAUAAAUAUAAUAAAUAAAAUAUAAAAAGGGAAUUGCAAUAAAAUGUCUACUACCACAGCGGGACAAUGGGUAAAAUUUUUUAAUGCUUCCGGCAUACCCUCACCGGCUGCAGCCACCUAUGCUCAUAUAUUUGUAGAGAACCGCAUACAAGUUGAUAUGUUAAUGGAUUUAAACAAGGAAUAUUUAAGAGAAAUGGGCAUUACUUUAAUGGGAGAUAUAAUAGCCAUAUUAAGGCAUGCUAAAACGGUGUGUGAUCAAACGGCCCGGGAAAAAGUAUUAAGCUGUGAGACACCCGUACCCAUAGCAGCGGUGCCGGCAAAUCCGGCAACACCUUUGGAGAAAAAAAUUCGUUUAAAAUCCACAGCUUCAGUAGCUUCUAGCAGCUCAGCAGCUGUAGUGGCACCUUUACCGGCUGUCAAACCACGACGUGUUUUACCCGAACAUGAGGGUAAAUACAAAAUCAAAUUGCCUUCCGGCACCACCGAGCGCAGUAAACAAAUUUUGGCCAAACAAGCUAAAUUAUAUUCCGACAGAGAGGCGUCUAAGGAAAAAUCGGAUAUUUUUAAACGUUUGGCUAAGAAUUCUAAAGAUACUAUUGUAUUAGAGGAUAAUAAUGAUUCUUCUUCGGUUGAUAGUUUAGAUAAUGUCAAAAUGAGAAUUACGGGUGUAGGCAGCAGGUCUUUACAGACAUCUUCCUCGAUAUUUUCUAGGCUGGGCGGUAAGGCUAGUGAUGAGGCUAUAGUAUCGAAACAAAUUAAACCUAUUUUGAAAAAUACCGCUAAAAAUCGCCUGUCAACUAUUGUUAAAGCUAAAACGGUUGUGGCGCCCACAAUUGUUAAGCCCAUUAAACAAAAAGUUAUCUUAGUGAAAAAAGUACCGCUUAAAAAAGAAAGUGAUGAAGAUGAAAGUAUGGCUUCCUCUGCCGAUGAUGAUAUGUAUGAUGAUAUGGAUAUAUCGGGUGGUAGUGAAAAAUUUGUCAAAUUUGCCUCUACAGCCGAAGUAAGAGAAAUAGCUCCCCGCCGUUAUAGUUCACCCACAAGAAAAACUUUUAAGCCACGACAAGAUUUUAUAAAAGAAAAGCCGGCUGGUGUUAAGGCACGCCUGGGUUUGAAUGCCAAACUACACAGCACCAAAAAAUCUCUUAAUCUUAAGGCAUCACCACCCUCCAAAUUGAAAACUCUAUCAAAAAUGAAAGCCGAUGAGGUAAUACAACGCCAUGACUUGCCAGUACACAAACGUUUGGGUAAAUCCUCUCCAUCUACUACAAAAUCAUCAUCUGCCUCUUCCUCUAGUAGUUCUAAUGUUUCAAACAUAUCAAAACGUUUGGGUAGAGUUAAUAUUGAAAAAUCUUCACCGAAAACGUCAAAAACAGCUUCAGUUUUUGACAGAUUAGGUUAUAGUAGUUAAAUUUAACGCCACAACAACAACAACUUUAAAACUUUAUUUUUCUGUAAUGCAUCUACGUCUACUUCUUAAAUGCUCAUCAUUUCUAAUUUUAAACAAUUUCAUUUAACCAUAAUUCAAACAUCUGCUUAAUUUUGUUACCUUUUGCUGCUUAAGGUAAGACUUUUUAUGUUUAAUUUUUUUUCUAAUUUAAGUAAGAAACCUUAAAAAUUUAGUAGUAAUAAAUAAAACUAACUAACAACCAUAACUUUUACUUUAUUUUAUGCAAAAUUUCAUUUUAUUAUAAAUUUUUUAAAACAAUUACUUGUGCUUUAUUAAGUUAUAUCAAUAAAU